CUGAUUGGCUGACAAAUGACAAACAUCUUUCAUCACAACCAUAUAAAAACUGAAACGGUACACAAAGUGAUACUACUAUCCUGCAGAUCACAGACACCAGGCCUGCGUGCAAAACACCUGACAAGUGUAAUUCACAGUGUUCCAGUAACUGUAGCCCUGAGUACAGAAUCUUUCAGGAUGUUUGCUCGAGUUCUCCUUUUUGCCUCCUUAUUUACCCUGCUGAUGGUAGCAGUUACAACUCAUGAUGAUCAUGACGACAAAUACGAGGAUGAAGACAGCUUUCUAUUGGACUUUGAUGACAACAAUGGCGAUGACAAAAAUGAUGACAACAAUGCUGAUAACAACAAUGAUGACAACAAUGGUGAUGACAAUGGCAACAAUGGUGACGACGAUGACAAUAGUGAUGACAAUGAUUACAACAAUGGUGAAGACAAUGACAACAAUGAUGACAACAAUGAUGAUGACAACAAUGACAAUGAUGACGACAAUGAUGAUGACAACAAUGACAACAAUGAUGACAACAAUGAUGAUGACAACAAUGACAACAAUGAUGACAACAAUGAACUUGACAACAAUGACAACAAUGAUGACACCAAUGAUGACAAUAAUGAUGACAGUAAUAAGGACAAUAAUGUAAUCUUCCACUCUAUACAGAAACUGACUAAAUAAAUGAUUGGAAAACAUAAUCACCAUGUAAGUAAAUUAUCCUGUCAAGAUGUAGGAACCUGAAGAUAAUAAUCAAGACAAAAACAGAAUCACUUUCCGUCAGCGUUCUAAAUUUUUUCAUCAUACUAGUAAUGAAAUAAAUACAACAAUCUGUGCCUGCUUCAUCUGUUUUUCUGUUGUAUUUUCACAAGCUAAAUUACAUGUUGCAAAUCCUG